UGCCCACAUUCAUUUGAAAAGCUUGUUAAACCUGUCGACAGUUCACAAUCUCGAUACAUCUAUUCAUCUUGAUAAGCUACAUGAAUGGCUAUCGAAGAGGUCUGCCGCAUAUUCCAAGAGCACCUGCGGGAAAGCAUCCCGCAUCGACUAAUCGCGAUAUCAAAGAUGGAAGUCGUAGAACAACAAUGGGUGGAGGAGCUAUACAUGCCGUCUAUCAAGGCCGUGACGGAGAGAGAUAUAGAGCAACACACAUUCUACCCGAAUCAGAGAAGGGACGAAGUGAUCAGAAACAUUGUGAAAGGCAUAGUCAAAUACGCCGUUCUGUCCCACAGAUGGUGCCGAGAAGGAGAGGUGACGCUCUCAGGAAGCCUCUCGAGUCGUCACAAAUUGGCUAACUUCUGUCAGAGGGCAGCAGAGUACGGAUGUGGCUUUGCCUGGGCAGACACAUGCUGUAUUGAUAGGUCCAAUCCCCCUCCAGAAGAGCUCGAUAAAGCCAUACCUCGGAUGUUCAGGUGGUACCGCAAUGCGCAUGUCUGCAUUAUUUGGACUUUGCAAGAACUUCUCGCCCCAGUCAGGGUCAAAUUUUAUGGGCGAACGUGGAGCCCGAUCCACAAUAUACGAGCCGACAACGAUAAAGCUGACCAGAGGUUGCUGGCCGCGCUUUCCACUGGCACCGGAAUUCCGGUGCAAGACAUCCGAUGUUACUGGGCAGGAACAGAAAGAGUGCGUGAGAAGCUCAUGUGGGCAUCUCGCCGGACUUCACGACAAGUAGAAGAUGGCGCCUACUCACUGCUGGCACUUCUCGACGUGCAUAUGCACGUGGAGUAUGGAAUAGGAGACGAAGCAUUUGGUAGAUUGAUGGAAGUGCUCCUGGCAAGAAGCCAGGAGUGCGACAUACUUGCCUGGGCUGGCAUAGCAUCCACCAAAUACGACCAAGACAUGAUCAUCAUUGACAGGCGGUUGAGAGUGAAGCUCCUGAUGGUCGAGUUACAUGGAGCAACGUUCGGGGAUGAAAUACCUUUCUUGCAGGAUGGUUACCAUGCAUGUACACUCUUGCCAAAGGGACUGCCCUCCAAGGUAACAAUAAAUCAUGUGUCCAUUGUUUCCAGCAACAACACGCCUUGGCGUCCAUCCAAAUUGGCCCUCGGGGUUGUCGAUUAUGGAUGGACAAGUGAUGACGAGAAGGGACUCGUGGAAAAAGGCCGUACCCACUUUUGCCUCCUCUUCGGAGCGGAUGAUACACAGACAAGUUGGAAGAAGCUAAUGACGGACAAAGUGGUCACCAUAAAGACUGAAGAUAGCAUUAGACAACGUCUAGAAACUAUAUUGAUUUGAUUUACUUUAGCCCAAUGAACCAGUGACAGGAAAUCGAG